AUGAGUUCCGAGAGCUGAGACUGUUACGGUUCGAUUUCGACAUACAUAACCUGCUACAUACCGAUCUUCUCUUGGAUUAGUUACACUAGGAUGCCCAGUCCUAUGUCUCCAGUCAACGCUGUUAGUUUUCUAGUACAAACGCACUAUUCGGAUAACUGAAGCGCGGAAAUCCCUAGUCUAUUUGCAAUUCAAUGAUUCGGCAGACCCUCAUUAUGUAAAGCCACUAUUCUUGCUCUAUUGAACACUGAAAUUAUAUUGCCAAGUAUAGUUGCAAAGAAAAACUCAACAAUCACUUAAACACACAAAAUCGACAUGAACCACUUUUUAAACAUUGGUACCUAAAAUUGUGGGAAAUUGUUUUUGUAAACAUUUUUAGAUGCGUAUCAACGGCGAAAUAAAUAAAGAUUAAAUGUACAAAGAAGCAGCCAUGAUAAAUAUUUCGUUUUAAUAUUUACGAGAGGGUCCAAGAAUUUUGGCGAUGUGCGUAGAAAAGGUAAUUGGUUUUUUAAUUUAAACAAUUUGAAGUACCUACUCUAUACAAUGUAAGAUUAGAUAAUUCGCUUUGGCCAUUAAAAUUUUGAUAAUACAAACCAGUUUCAAUAGAUAUGUCUCCAAUAAUCCUUGUAACACUAGUGUUAUUUCAAGUGUAUCAGUUAGAAGCAGCCCGAAUAUUGGGGGUAAUUCCAUCACCUUCUAGAAGUCACCAUAUUCCUUUUCAACCGUUAUGGAGAGAACUUGCUCUAAGGGGUCACGAAGUCACAGUUAUAACUACAGAACCUCUAAACAAUUCUUCUUUAGAUAAUUUAAAGGAAUUGGAUAUAAGUUACUUUUACGAAAUAUAUAAGAAACAUAAAGUUAUCGAAGCUAUGAUUAGCGAAAAUAAUAGUAACUAUGAUACCGCUGCCGCAUUAAAAAAAGCUUUCUUAGAAUGCCAUGAGUAUUUGUUCUCUUUACCAGGAAUACAAGAUCUAAUCCAUAAUGAGGAUGUCAAAUUCGAUUUGUUGAUCGCUGAAGCACAAAUACCUACAAUGUUUGCGUUUGCCUGGAGAUUUAAGUGCCCCAGCAUUGCGAUAUCAUCCCUGGAACCAGCUCUACAGUUCCACGACUCUCUUGGAAAUCUAGUCCAUCCCUUGAUUAACCCGGAUCCCAAUUUAAACAUAGAAGAUGAUUUAAAUAUGAGUUUUAUGGACAGGGCUGAAAGUUUCUUUUAUAUUUUACUUUAUAAACAUUCAGUUUACAACAAAGCUUAUCCUUUUUAUGAUGUUCUUAUUAAGAAAUAUUUCGGUGAAGAAUUACCUACUUUAAAAAGUAUUCAAGAUGAUAUAAGUAUAAUGUUAGUUGGCUCAAAUCCAUUGUUUUAUAAUAUGAGACCAUCAAAUUUGAACACUAUUUCGGUUGGAGGCGGCAUGCACGUUCAAGCUUACAAAAAACUACCUGCUGAUUUACAAACAUUUUUGGACGAAGGUGAAAAGGGCGUAAUCUACUUCAGCUUGGGCAGCAAUAUUAAUUUAAAUUUACUAACUGACAAUUUCAAGAAAGCAAUCGUAGAGGCAUUUGCAGAAGUUCCAUACAAGGUUUUGCUGAAAAUGGACGGCCAAUUAAAUAAUGUAUCGAAAAAUGUCUUAGUGAGAAAAUGGAUGCCACAGCAAGAUAUUUUCAGGCACAAAAAUAUUAAGUUAUUCAUUACUCAAGGUGGUUUGCAAUCUCUACAAGAAGCCGUCUUAAAUGAAAUACCCCUGAUUGGAAUUCCCUUUUUUGGAGAUCAAUUUUCAAACGUAAACAAAAUGGUCAAAAAAGGAUAUGGAUUAAAAAUUGAUCGAACGACGAUUACCAAAAAUGCACUUGUUACGGCAAUCAAGGAAGUCAUUCAGGAUCCCAAAUAUACGGAAACCGCCCAAAUGAUGGGGAAAAUAUUUAGGGAUGAAGAAAUUCCUAGUCUGCAGCGAGCCGUUUACUGGACAGAGUACGUCAUCAGACACAAAGGAGCGAAACACCUUCGCAGUCCUACAGUUGAUAUGCCAGCUUGGAAAUAUUAUAUGUUGGAUGUUGUUGGGUUCUUAGCCUUUAUUUCCUUACUAAUAAUCGUAAUAAUAUAUUUAUUGAUAAAAGUGUUCAUUAGGCUAGUAAUUUAUAUUUUUGCACGGUUGUUUGGUAAGAGGAAACCUAAAAUAAAGAAAAAUUAAGAUUAGUUUUAUUAGGUUUAAUCAUGGAAUUAGAAGGUAGGAAGACGCUAUAGGAAUCUUUUUUAAACAUUCAAAAUGGUAUCACUGGGCGUGGAUGUUGUCAACCCAAAAUGACCGAUCUGCCAGAUACGGACUAUUUUGAAUACAACCCAAACCUACAUUUUCAUUUUUUUAGAAAAUUAAAUAAUAUUUAUUAAUUGUUAUAAAACGGAUGAUUAAGGUUAUAAUAACUAAUUUUUAGUAAUUUCACUUAUUGAUAAAAUAAGUUUCAAGGAAUAAAAAAUGUGCAAG